UUCCCAUUGGCUACCUAUGCUCCGGUCAUAUCUGCCGAGAAAGCCUACCAUGAACAACUUUCUGUUGCUGAAAUCACCAAUGCUUGUUUCGAGCCAGCCAAUCAGAUGGUCAAAAGUGAUCCUAGUUAUGGUAAAUACAUGGCUUGCUGUAUGUUGUACCGAGGUGAUGUUGUUUCCAAGGAUGUCAACGCUGCUAUUGCAACCAUUAAAACCAAGAGAACCAUCCAAUUUGUUGACUGGUGCCCAACUGGUUUCAAAGUCGGUAUCAACUACCAAACACCAACUGUUGUACCAGGAGGUGACUUAGCCUUUUGUUACUUAGUUAUUUGUAUGUUGAGUAACACGACUGCUAUUGCUGAAGCCUGGGCUCGUCUUGAUCAUAAAUUUGAUCUGAUGUAUGCCAAGAGAGCUCUUGUCAAUUGGUAUGUUGGUGAAGAUAUG